UUGAACAAAAAGAAGAAGAAGAAGGUCUGUUUAUCAAAAUGGCGGCAAUCGCGUCGACGAAUCCCUCGCAGCUUUUACCUCUCGAGCUGGUGGAUAAAUGCAUUGGCUCACGGAUUCACAUUGUCAUGAAGAACGAUAAAGAGAUUGUGGGAACUCUGCUCGGGUUUGAUGACUUUGUCAACAUGGUUCUUGAGGAUGUGACAGAGUUUGAAAUCACUCCAGAAGGAAGAAGAAUCACAAAGCUGGAUCAGAUUCUACUCAAUGGCAAUAACAUCACAAUGUUGAUUCCAGGAGGAGAAGGACCAGAAGUUUGAGAAAUGUAUCGCACCUUCCACAAAAUAAAUAUACAAUUUAUGUUCUU